UUUGAUUUUUCUUGCCUCUUGCGUCUUGCCUGUCUGUCAUCUGUCAAUUUUGUGACUAAUUUUGCACCCUAAUUUAGAAUUUCAUCUAAUUCUAGGCGAAAUGGGUAAAAUAAUGAAACCUGGAAAAGUCGUGCUGGUUCUGGGAGGUCGAUACGCCGGAAGAAAGGCAAUCGUGGUGAAAAAUUUCGACGAAGGGACCGUAGAGAGGCCUUAUGGACAUGCUUUGGUUGCUGGCAUCGACAGGUACCCACGUAAAAUUCACAAAAGAAUGGGUAAAGGAAAAAUGUACAAGAAGAGCAAGAUCAAGCCUUUUAUCAAGACCCUCAACUACAACCAUUUGAUGCCCACCCGUUACUCAGUAACAGACUUGACGGACAUCAAAGUGGCGCCGAAGGACAUACGCGACCCCAUGAAGAAGAAGAAGGCUCGCUUCCAAACUAGAGCGAAAUUCGAAGAAAGAUACAAGCAAGGCAAGAACAAAUGGUUUUUCCAGAAGUUGAAAUUCUAAGUUCGUAAUUACGUUUAUGAAUUGAAUAUUAAAAAAAGUUAGUAGA